AUGACUGGUGGCCCUAAUCCACUUCCAUAUCUACUUUCAAAAACAGUCAGUGACCUGUGGUUGCCAAGACCCUAAAUGUGAACAAAUUUAAAGAACUGUGAAAAUCUCCAGAUAUACUGUUCAGUAAAUGUUCUUUAUUAAUCUGAUCAUCAGUCAGUUUGACUUCAAAAUUGAUUAAUUUCCAAGAAAUAAGAUAUGCUGAUGAAUCCUGCAAGAAGGGAGAAAGAUACUCUUGGAUCAUGAAAACUGUCAGUGCGCGAACCAAAGAGAGAGAGAGAGAAACAGAGAGAGAGAGAGGGAGGAAAAUAGAGAGAAACAGAGAGAGAGAGAGGGAGGAAAAUAGAGAGAAACAGAGAGAGAGAGAUUUUCAGCGGCGGCUGAGCGCUUAAACCGCCCAGGAACAUUUAUCCAGCCAACUGUCUCAUCCGGGUCUUCUUCUUCCUCCUCUGGGUUUAGAGUUGACUUUCUUCUGCGCUUCUUGGAGCGGCAGCAGCAGCAGCAGCAGCAGCACAUGCCUGCCUGCGUAGCGGAGCCGUGGCUGUGAUUCAGAGCGCAGCUCCGUCUCCAUCACCGGCUCACCGGGAGGAUGUCCGCCCCGCCGCCCAACAAGUCCCCGCUGUUUUUCCCCGUUAACCGUUGAUGGCGGCGGAAUGGAGAUAGCCUUGGUGAGUUUUGAGAACGGCGGCGCUAAGGGGAGCGGCGGCGGCGGAGGAGGAGGAGGCGGCGGCGGCAAUGCCGAAGAGAGCUGCCGGAACGCACUGGAGGUCCCUCAGCCGGGGUUUGUUCAAAGUGGACUGGGAGAGGAGUUCGGUAAGGAGCUGAACACCCGGGGGAGUCCCCAGCAGCAGCAGCAGCAGCAGCAGCAGCAGCAGCAGCAGCAGCAGCAGCGCAGCCCCUGGAAGAUCAACGACAUGAACAACACUCUGAGCUGCAGCGAGAACGCCAUGGAUGCGCUUUUACGCGCGGACCACAGUCCCCACCUGUUCGACGAGGACAUGCUGGACAUGGACAUGGACACCGAGAGCAACGAGAGGGUCCUCAUCAAUAUCGCCGGGCUUCGGUAUGAAACCCAGCUGGGCACCCUCAACCAGUUCCCGGACACUUUGCUGGGAGACCCGGCCAAGAGGAUCAAGUACUUCGACCCGCUCCGGAACGAGUACUUCUUCGACCGCAACAGACCCAGCUUCGACGGGAUCCUCUACUUCUACCAGUCCGGGGGGAAGAUCCGCAGACCCGUGAACGUCUCCAUCGAUGUGUUCGCGGAUGAGAUCCGGUUCUACCAGCUAGGAGAAGAGGCCAUGGAGCGGUUCCGAGAGGACGAAGGGUUUAUCAAGGAGGAGGAGAAGCCGCUGCCGCAGAACGAGUUCCAGAAGCAGGUCUGGCUCAUCUUCGAGUACCCGGAGAGCUCCAGCCCGGCGCGGGGCAUCGCCAUCGUGUCCGUGAUCGUUAUCACCAUCUCCAUCAUCACCUUCUGCCUGGAGACGCUGCCGGAGUUCCGGGACGAGCGGGAGCUGGCGGUCACCAGCCGGCUGGACAACAGCACCGCGCCCCGGCCGUCCCUCACUUUCACCGACCCCUUCUUCAUCAUCGAGACCACUUGCGUCAUCUGGUUCACCUUCGAGCUGAUCGUGCGCUUCUUCGCCUGCCCGAGCAAGUCCGAGUUCUCCAAGACCAUCAUGAACAUCAUCGACAUCAUGUCCAUCAUGCCUUACUUUAUCACGGUGGGCACGGAGCUGGCGGAGCAGCAGGGCCAGGAGCACCAGAACGGCCAGCAGGCCAUGUCGCUGGCCAUCCUGAGGGUCAUCCGCCUGGUCCGGGUCUUCCGGAUCUUCAAGCUCUCGCGGCACUCCAAGGGGCUCCAGAUCCUGGGUCAAACCCUCAAAGCCAGCAUGCGGGAGCUGGGUCUGCUCAUCUUCUUCCUCUUCAUCGGGGUCAUCCUCUUCUCCAGCGCCGUGUACUUCGCGGAGGCCGACGAACCGGAGUCCCAUUUCUCCAGCAUCCCGGACGCCUUCUGGUGGGCUGUGGUCACCAUGACGACGGUGGGCUACGGCGACAUGCGGCCGGUGACGGUCGGGGGGAAGAUCGUGGGCUCCCUGUGCGCCAUCGCCGGCGUCCUGACAAUCGCGCUGCCGGUUCCGGUCAUCGUCUCCAAUUUCAACUACUUCUACCACCGGGAGACGGACCAGGACCAGUCCAGCCUAAAGGACGAUCCCAGCGGGGGGCCGGAGAGCCCAGAGGUGAAGCGCAAAGGCAGAAGGACGUCGGUGAAAUCUCAGGAUGUGGAGAAGAACGAGACCGACGGCGCUUCGGUGGAGAAGGCGAACAUUAAAGCCAACAGCAGCAUGGACUUCAAGAAAUCCCUUUACGCGUUUUGUCUGGACACGCGGGAGACGGACCUGUAGCCCCGCCAGGUCCGGGCUCCUUCUGACCCAUGAACUCGGUUCUGACUAAAACUUUCCUCCCACAUCCAUCAGUGCAUGCAUGCAGCAGAGCGGCCCUUUAAACCUGCAGGAAACAUGAACUCUGCGGGCUGCAGGAUGAAUUAGUGGGAAAUGGGACAUCAGGCCUCAGCCGAGGAUAAUCAGGGACAAUCAGGACUCGGGAUAAUUACUGGACAUGGCGGAGGAUUAACCACACUCUGUGUACAUAAUGUAGGAAGAGAGAGGGGGAAAAUACUUUAUCACUUCCUACACUAAGUCAUGAUGUUUACAUCAAGCAGAUGUGUACAUAUUCCCCACAUCAAGCUGGAGAUUUUUGGAUUUGGUGUUAAUUUCUUCUCUUUUUUGGAAAGAUAAAAGUCUAUUUUUGAGAUGCAGACACUCAGGUUUUAUGGAAGAGCUGAAAUAUUUUUUUUUCUAACAGAGUGGACCUCAGCCUUGUUGUUUGUGUCCGAUUCGUUUAAAUUAAAUAACUUUUUAUUUGCGAGGGGAAAAAAUGGACAGAAAACAAAGAACAGGAGCCAAGAAGAGACGACAGAGCAGAAAGGAUGAGGAGAAAUCAACUCUGAAACCAGAGAGUCGAAGCCCUGCCCUCCGACCAUCAGGGGAGUCAAUCGGACUGCAGGAACAGAACCAUCUGCUGCGCUUCCAGUCAGCAUCAACAUUCCUGUUCUUGGAACUCUGUGCCUUCAACCAAAACUCAUCCUGUGUUUUUGGGUUUUUACUCUUCCCUUGGAGCAGCUUUCGGAUGAUUUUAUUUUUUCUUCCUGAUGGAUGAAGGAGGGCCUGGGAAUCGAGUUGCUGUCUGUCUGUGGAAACAAAGAAAAAAAAACAAACACAUCCAGGAUUUUUAUCUUUGGAUCAUUUUAAUGUGUUUCUUUUUUCUACAAAUCGUGUCAGUGAUUUACUUCCUACUGGAGGAAAUCCCUCGCUGUGCAAUAUAAGUCAUAUUUCUGUGAAGUUGUCAUGUGGAUGUAGAAUCUGGACAAACAUUUUGGUUUAUUUUUGUAAUAAUGUUUUCCUGAUUUCUAUUUUUCUAAAACAAUGUGAGACAGAUGAAGGGAAAAAAUAAGAACAUUUUGAAGGAGAACGGAUGCUUGGAUGUUGUUUUUCCUCUGAUAAUCCCCCUUCCAAAGCCAUAGCCUAUCUCAGAUAACAGAGACGAUGCAUUCAGGGUCACACAGUCUGGGACGGACACAUCAGCUCGUCUCAACUGGAGGUACUUUUUAGGUGAUGUCUUCUGUAAGUUCAGGCGCCUAAAUCUGAAGUGUUUAGUAUUCUCUACCUUUGUGUGGCCUGUUCUUCUUGCUGUCCUUUCGUACCUACAUAUCAAUGAGGAAACGGGAAGUCAGAAAAAGGAACAAAUUUGUUCUCCAGAAAAGGAUGGAAAACACUCUGAGUUCUCAAACAGAGUCUAGGUAACAGGUAAAAAUCAAAUAAAUAUCCUCAUUACAUGUUGAGAAGCUGGAACAUGCCCUUAAAGUUCUAGAAAAUUAAGAGAACGUAACAUGAAAUCCUGGCUCUUCCUUUUAAGAUACAGUAAAGUAAUCAACAUUCCCAUAGUGAGCAACCUAAAAAUCCCAUUAAAGUAGCCUGAAAGUGUCAGGAAAGUAAUAAGUAAAUUCUUGAAAUCUGUAGAAAGCACCAUUUAAGAUUCAAGGAAAUUAGCAGUGGUGGGCAUUUAGCUUAUUUGAAAUCGUUUAGCAAAUUUACUUACCUCUAAAUUCUAAAGAGCUAAUUUACUUGGUUGAUUUAGUGAACUUUCAGUAGCAUAAACUGAAUUGAUAUAUGUCUUGAUGUUUUGGUUAUCGACUGUUAAUAAUUCUUCAAGUAGUUAGACGUUUAUAUUCAUGCUUUUUUUUAAAGUGAGUGAAGAGUGUUUACACGACAGUUCCAUUUCCUCUCCUCAUGUUCUCCAUCUGUGAUGUGGUGCAGCAAAUGAGGUUUCUUCUGUACCCAGAAUGCACCAAAAACAGUUUAAAAUCCACUGAUGUCCUGCAUGAUUUCUGACCGAAGUCCUACCAUCAAGUUAGCAAAACUCAACAUCUAUAAAACUGAAAACAUGAGUAAAAUAUCUGUUCCAAAAAAUCACUUCCAGAAAUGAAACUGAAUAAGUAAGUGUGCAAAAUCAAAUUUGUCCCCACAGAGGGUGAUAUGUUGUGUCAACAUAUUAACAUGGUUGAAUUUAGCGCUAGCAUUAGCUUCUGCUAAAUACUAUGAUGGUAGUACUUCAGCAUUAAUGUUUAUGAUUAGUGCUUUAGGUUUAGUGCCAUAUGGUUGUAUGAACAAAAGUUCUUUUUUUUUCAUUUUCUGCUUCAGUAGUUAUGCUAGUAGUUUUCAUUUUGUUCAGAUGCAGAUUAACCUGCAAAGACAGAAAAGGCAUAUAAAACAUCUGUGCAAACAGCCCUUCACUAUGUGGGUCAUGUUUCUGCUCAUAAUGGAACAAUACUCGAACUUUAUUCAGAUAAUCUGUAACACGUCUUCCACAGAAUGGAAAAAAGGAAGCUUUUUAAUCUCAUACAACAUGAUGGAGAAAAUUAGGUUUAAUUGGCAGCUAACAUUAUUUUAAAAAUCCAAGUAAUUUCCAUUAAAAGGGCUCUGUUUGAGAAUUUCCUCCUGUUCUGUUGCUUAAUUGUCUUCUGUUUUCUGCACUUAUAAACUGUGCUCCAUGUGUCCUUGAUGCUGCUAUCCAUGUCCAGCGUAGAUCGAUGUUCAGCCUAAGUCCUGGCACAACAUCCUCUGUUAGCGCUCCUUAUACGUUUUUACUGGAUCCAUUGAUUUGAUCAUGAAAAUCACUGGAUCCAUAGUAAUUCUGGUUCAGUUUGUGCCUCCAGUGAAGCAAAUUCAGAGAUGUAUGUUUAUUUUUUGCAUAGUAUUUUUGGUUUACAAGCAAAGAUAUCCCUUUGGCACUAAGUGUACAUGGGCAUUAAAAAGUACAGUAAUUUAGUAAACUGCUGCAGAACCUUAUGAACAUCCAUAAACUCAGGGGCCAAUGUAAUAUUAUUCACAGUCAGGGCAUAAGUUAGAAAAGAAAGCCAAAUAUAUUCAAAACAUUCAACAUUUUAUGUGCUAUAAACAAACUUUCAUCAACAUGCAACUUUGAGGGGUUUUUAUUACCUUGUUUUCUUAAGAAUAUGAAAAGAUAGUUUAAAAGCCACCAAUUGAGACUGAUGCUAAUGUGCAAAAGCAAAAACCUCCAAGGACUCAACAGAGGUCCUCCAGAGAGAACUCAGAUUACAGAGAUUCAGAAACAGGAGAAACCAGAAUCCUGGUCCUCUAAAAGCUGGAUCCUCUGUAGGCCCAGUCCUUCGUCAUGUGGAUAUAUACAUGAGCUGUGUGUAUAUUUCAUGUAGAAUAUAUUCAGAAUAUAUAACAUAUAUAACAGACACAAAACAGUGGCAAUCAAAGUGAUGAAAAAUCAUGGGUUCAAAGUUCAAAGAUGUUACAUUUUAAAGAUGAUUUCUUCAUAAGCCUGGCCCUCUAAAGGUUGGAUCCCCCAAAGGGCCAGUCCAUUGUUAUGCCGCUUUAUCUUUGAGCUAUAUUGCCUUGACAUAGAGAACAUAAGUUACUAUAUAUCACUGCCUAAAUCACGCUGAGACUUGUGCAUUUUGGGAAAUUGGAAGUUCCACAAACUGCCAAAUUUGGCUCUGAUUUUAUACUGCCAUGAUAUAGAUCAUUAAUAAACAGUGAAAGUCAGAGUGGUGGGAACUUAACGGGAUGUUUAUCAAAACCAGGACAUUGGCUUUGAUGUUGAGACAUGAUCAUGAGCUGAACCUGAUUUCAAGAGAUUUAUUCUCAAAAUGACAAAUUCUUCAAAGGUAUUGCCUAAAAGAUGAUGCCUGCAAAAGCUGGGCCCUUCUAGACGAGUCCAUCAAACAUUGUGCCAAGCACAUAGCAGGCUAUCCAGUUCCAUGGUCCUAUGAAGGGCAUGUCCCCUGAAGACAGACACUCAAAAAGGCAGGGUUUUUGAAAGUUGAUUCCUUAAAAGGUUCGGUUCAGGUCUUUAACCUUCAAAGGACUAGUUCCUCAAAAGAUGAUUCCAGAUCCUUUGAAAAAAGACUCUUUCAAAGACCCGAUCCUUCAGAUGACAGAUCCUCCAACAGAUGGAUUCUCAGAAAGAUAUUUCCAAAAGCUUGGAGGUCUUCUGAAGGAUGGGUCUUUCUUUUUUAACAUGUCCUGUCUUUGGCAUAUCAGGGAUACCAUAUAGAGAAGAUAGAUGUCUAUGUGCCAGGGAAAAUUCGCUCUACACAUAGAAUAUCCUAAGAUGGCAUUUUAAUUGCAUGAUUAACUUUAAGAAAAUCCAGACUGCAUCAAGCAUCAAGGAGGGCCACUAAUCAUAUUGAUGUGAUAGUAACCUGUGUAAUCUAGUGACAUGGCUUUCAACCAUCUGGAUUAUAUUUGUGUCUGUCUGUGUAUGUGGGUGGGUGUAUGUGUACAAAUAAUUUGUGUUGAGUUGGUGAAUGUGAACAUACCAUCUGAACCCAGAGGGACCAGGCCAGGAAGGAACAUCACUGUCCCCCCUGGUGAGCUAUUCCCUAAGAGGUCAAGAGGGAAGAAUGUCCACCAGUGUCCUGAGUGGGCCCUGUGGACCAUGGCUGGAAUGUCACAUUCUCUGGAACCAUAGCCCACCCAGCAGGAACCCACCACUAUGGGUGAGACCCACACAAGCAAGUCCUCCCAGCCUCAUUGGUGCUGUCAGAGAUCUCAGGCCAUUCCUACAUCCCCACCCAACACCAAAUUAGCAUGGGCACUUGGGCAGGUGCAGAAAAGAUUGUCUACGGUGCAAUAAAAUUGGGGUUGUGGCUGAAGUGUGUGAGACUCCACUACUUGCUGACAUCAGAGUCUCCCCAUUGUCUGUAGUGUACUAAAAUAGAGUUGCAGGAUGGGGUCAAACAUUGUAGAGAGGGAAACACUACCAAUGCUUGCAAGACUCAUCCCUCCUGAAGUAUGGUAUUGAGAGAAGAUGCUGGUACAAGUCCCAGUGGGAGAUGGGUCCUUCAAAGGACAUAUCCUCCUCCUGACACCCCGUCCAUGAAAUGAGUUAUUAGAAGGUCAGAAAGUCAUAACCCUGACCUGUGAAAAAUCCAAUAAAUAUUAAGCUCUGUGAGGGGUGGUGCCUCUGAAGACCUUCAAGAGCCAAUAGCCAGUUGUAAGUUGAACUGAUGAUGUACUUUUGCUGCAAAAACUCCUUAGUGGGCUAUGCUUUUAUUUUGACCCCUGGCUCUGCAACACAUGCAGCAGUUUCAUGAAAUCCAGAGUCUAAAGAUAAAGCCUUGAUAUUUACCUGUAGAUGUCCUGUGUUGUAUCACAUUUAGACACAAAAUGAAAAAAUUCCAACAAAAACAUUUUAGUUUGGGUGAUAUCCAUCUACAGGUGUUGGAGAAAUCUGCUUCACUGCACACUUUCUGUCGUCAUACUAAAACAAACCUUAAGAGGCACAAACAGGUGGAUCCAAGAACUUGGCUGCUUCUAAAGAUAUAUUUUCAGAGUUUGUAGACUCACCUGCUCAGUGUACAUUUCCUUCUGCAUGAAUUUAUGUGGAUCCGUCCUCAACGUUCAGGUCCACCUGAAGAUGUUGUGUUCGGCCUUCAGUGGUUUUUCAUCUUCCUUGUGGAGUCGGCAAACUGCAGAUCAGUUUCACUGACAUCCCUCCUGAAAACAAAGCUGCCAAACUUCUCUGAAGAAGCCAAACGUCUCUGUGUGCAUCAGUGGUUUUAAGUGUUUCACAUCAUCCUGUUAAUGUUUCAUCGUGUUAACUGCAACAAUCCUGUUUGUUACGUUGUUGGUCAUAUAUGCAGAAGAGUUAUCAAAUAAACUGAAAUAAACUC